CGUUCCUUUCGUCGUCGCGCUUCCCCGUCCGUCGUCCACAUGGGCCAGGCCCAAUGAAACCUGCAGAUCGAAUCCACCUGCUCCACUGCUCGACCUCCCCCAAAUGCAUCGAUUCAGGCUUCAUCCCCGCCGCCGCCGAAUCCACCUACCCCUGCUCGAUCUCCCCAAAAUUCAUCGAUUCGAUCUUCAACCCGUUGAUCUGGCGUUCACCCCGCCCAUCUGCUCCGCCCCUUCGAUCCGGUCGGCGUAGAGGAGUCGCUCUGGCGCGCUGCACCAAGCACGUGGCUGCACCGGCGCGCUCCUCUCCAACGCAGCGCGUGCACCCGCACCGAAGGCGAGAGGGAUGCGGCGCCCGGCGAACGGAUGACCAGAUCGCCGGCUUGACAAUAGGUUAGGAAGCUCUCCUACGGGACACUCAUCAAGGUUGUCGAUCUUGGUGCAGCUAAUCGGCCGGCCGGAUUUUUUUCUCAACGAGAUGGGGAAUGCUUUGAUCGCCGUUCCACUCCUCAAAAUCCAACGACAAGACGACCCGUCCACCGCCGGUCGACGACCCCUGCAGCCUACAGCCCGCGAUUCAGCCUCCUACCAGCCUUCAAGCAUCCGUCAAGGCAACAAACCAAUCAGCGGCUCUGGCCUACAUCAUCAGUUAGGACGAGAUGGGAAGAGGCACACGAUCUAUACAGGUGGACAUAAAUUCUACAUAUACGUCACAAGAGGAAUCUUCAAGAAAAGCCAUCAGGGGAUAAGAAAGGUUUGCGUGUGCUCCAUCUUCUCAAGUAAAGGAGUGCUGGAUUUAAUGCCAGGGCUAGAUAAACUGGCAGGGUCGUUUCUCAUGGAGUUGUACUCAUUGCACUCACCUGGAGGUAUGGGGGCGGCGGGUAGCUCGAGCGGUUUGAACAUUGUCUCUACCUCUUCCUUCUCUCGUCAAAUGGGAUACUCUUCGUGCACCGACAGUUUGCCCUGUCCGCGAGCUCAACUCAAGGUAACCACAUCACGCAUGCCCUUAUUUGCUUUCCACUGUGCCUCGCAGAAUCUUUAAUCAUGCCUAAGGUGCAGGCAUGCGUGCAGUGCAUGCAGUGGUGAAGGAGACAGGGCAGCCUUUGUUAAUUGUUGUGCAUCUAGCACCAUCUGGUACUCGUAUUUUGGUUGCGGUUCAUCCUAAUCGAGCUCGCCACCGUCGUGUCCUCUGCGAUUGUUCAUGCUUUUCCCCUUCUCCUCUCUCUUGUCACCGCGUCGAGCUCCUCUCUACCCAACCCCGACACCGCCCCCUCUGUCCAACUGCACACCAGACGCCCCUCCUCCUAUCAGGGCGACGCCCAUGUCUGCCCCACCCCUUCUGAGCGGCGAGGCUCGCCUUCCCACGCGGGCGACGCGCCGCGACUGCUUUCCCUGCUGCUUGGACCGACGAGCGCUAGAAAGAGUAUAAACUGAACCGGUAUAGUGGCUUUUGUCUGUAUUAUGUAUUUUGGUGGGAGGGCAAAAUGGUCUAAAAAAUUGUUGGACGAAAAUUUUGGCAGAAACAUUACUCCUUUAUUACUAGAUAUAGAUUCUAGAAAUCAGGUCUAGGGAGCCAAUGCUACUUUUGGAAUCCCAGCUUAUAAUCGCAUCACUUAUCACAUUUGUUAGGAGCAUCUUUCCUGAUUCAAAUGCAUAAGAAUAUCUCGAAAUAUGUGCAUUAGCUUUAACAUUUGAGUUCUCUCUCUUAAUUUGGUUGAUCAUUUACGUAGGCAGGGCCUGUACCGAUAUGUCUUUCUCAUGUAUUUAUCUUUGACUGGUAGUAUUAAAAUGACAUAAAAAAUAAUGUGCACACUAAGAAGAAAAUAGCAACAGUAAAAUGUUGAAGUGUAAAAAACUCAAAUCCAAUUUUAUUCUGGAUGUGACCUUGUCAUCGGAGCACUUGAUGAAGAGCAAGCAACACAUUGCGUGGCUUGAGGUGAAUGAUUCUGAAUCAAAAGCAUCCGGCCACAUGCCACAGGCCACAGGAACAGGAGAUCUCUUGUGCACAAAUAAAUCAUAUCUUAAAAAGGUUGAGCAAGAAGUUCUAAGGUUUUGUCUCAACGCUGCCCUUCAGAUUCAUAAGAUUCAUACACUGUACAAUAAGAUAAAGAUCUUUCUAGAGCUUGGAAAUAGUGACUUAAUUGUGGACUUGUUAGUAACUUCAUUUUGUUCCAUAUACCUGGUGGUGGAUUUUACAAAGGGAGAUAUUGUCAUCUUCUGCAUUGCUUCGUGAGAUUUGAAGAGCUAUUCUGAGAACAAUGACAAGAUUUUAUCUGGGUCUAGGAAAGCCACCUUUAAAGCAUACAAGGGGUUUAUUGUUUCUGAUGUUUAUUAACUUAUUACACUGGUAUCUCUCAUAUGUCAGAUUGUGUUGUUUUAACGGAGCAGCAAAAAAUCAAGUUCAUAAUGUGUUGAUAUAUGUUACUACUGGAAUAUCAUCUCUCAUGUAUUAACUUAUUGCUGAUUCCUAGAUAACAGUGUAAAGAUGUACAAAGAUGCAACCUUGACAAUAUUGUAUAAGAAAUACAGUUAGGACUAUGCAAAAGAAGGAUUCAACUGGGAUUUAUGAGCGCUGAUGUCAGUAUUGUAUAAAAUUGAAUGUGGCAGAGAAUUAAUUUGCAAGGUUUUACUUGAUCAUAUUUCUCUUCUUUGCAAGUAUUUGGGAUAUGUGGAAAGAACAAAUGCAUGAUUGUUCUGCUUAUUCAAGUCUUGUCAUUCUGGAUAUUUUGGGACAUUUGAGUCCGGAGAAUAUGCUUCAAGAGGAUGCAGGAGUUUUUUCUCGAAUGAUUUGA